AUGGCGCAACGUUCAAAUUGUUCCGGAUGUGACAUCGUCUCAGUCCAUUUCAUAUGGAGUGACGUGAAAGUGCCUUUCCUUCAAACUACAGACGGUAAUGGGAAAUCGGUCGUGUCACGUUACUUUUCAUCGCGACAAACUCCAUAUAGUUCAUGGUGUCUGAUAAUGCACGACUGUAAAGAAACUUUAGUCAUUUCUGCGGUACAAAUUGACCCGACUUCGAAUAGACAAGUCGACCUAGAGUUUUUGAAAGUGUCAAUUAUAAAAGAAAACGGAAAUCCUUUACGACACGACGACCGAAUAUUACCAUGGCGUGCAUCCGGAUGUGAGAUCCUGAAAUCGGAAGUGUCUCUACGGUCAGAUGGCACACUCACAUUUCGCUGCACGAUUUCCGCUCUUACUAGCAAACAAGAACCCGUUCCAUACAUGGAUUCGGCGGUUGCUAUUGACUGCAGCGAUGGAUUAUCUAAUCAACUUGAAGGAUUAUUCAAUGAGAUGAAAUUUAGCGACGUGAGUUUCAAUAUCGGCGGCCGUCAAUUCCCCGCCCACAAAUCCAUUUUGGCUGCCAAAAGUGAAGUUUUUGAGGCGAUGUUUCAGCAUCCAACCAAAGAAAAUUUUACAAAUCGAAUCGAAAUUGAAGACAUUGAACCGGAUGUGUUUCAUGAACUGCUCCGCUUUAUCUACACGGGACGAUUGAGUAGAAAGACUAUGGAAACAUUGGCCGUAAGACUAUUGAUCGCUGCCGACAAAUAUUUACUGGAUGAUUUAAAAGUGAAAUGCGAAAACUAUUUGAUUUGUCAAAUGUCUCCAGCAAAUUGUCUUGAAAUUCUAUCAAAUGAACAUCUGCCCGACUCAGCAAAGAGCGAAUUGAAGGAACUGGCGACUCACUUCCUCAGUUUGAACGAAGGGAAAGGGCCGGAAAUGACCGACUAA